GAGGAAGAAAAAAGCGGGGGCGGGACCUCUGGGUCCUGUCUAGGAAUCGCCGGAGACGGUGGAGACUAGUCCGAGUUGGAGGCCGGGCCUGUGUUCCUGCUCUAGCCCGGGGGAGGCCUCUGAGUCUGGACCCGGAAAGGGUGGAGCCUCUGAGCUCAAACCCGGAAGCGCGAGAGAGGCUUCCGAUCCUAGACGAGGAAACCGGCUUUCUGGGAUCUUAGGCCGGGAAGUCUGCGGCGAGCACUCCUGCCUUACGGAGGAGGCGGUGGUGGGGCGGGACUCGGGGCCUCAUGUAGCAGGGCGGGGUUCCCGCGCCAUUGCCAGGCUAGCGGGAGGUGGGGCGGCCCGGCCCGCCGUGGCCCGGAUGUUCGGCCGCUGCGUUCGGACCCGCUGAUCCCCCGGCCUCUCUGGGGAACCUAGUGUGGCCAAUGGCUGUCGAUAUUCAACCAGCAUGCCUUGGACUCUACUGUGGGAAGACUCUGUUGUUUAAAAAUGGCUCCAAUGAGAUCUAUGGAGAAUGUGGGGUCUGCCCAAGAGGACAGAGGACAAAUGCGCAGAAAUACUGCCAGCCCUGCACAGAGUCCCCAGAGCUUUAUGACUGGCUCUAUCUUGGAUUUAUGGCAAUGCUUCCUCUUGUUUUACAUUGGUUCUUCAUUGAGUGGUACUCGGGGAAAAAGAGCUCCAGUGCCCUUUUCCAGCACAUCACAGCGCUGUUUGAGUGCAGUAUGGCAGCUGUCAUCACCUUGCUCGUGAGUGAUCCUGUGGGUGUCCUUUACAUCCGUUCCUGCCGAGUGCUGAUGCUCUCCGACUGGUACACGAUGCUCUACAACCCGAGUCCAGAUUACGUCACCACGGUGCACUGCACCCACGAAGCCGUCUACCCACUAUACACCAUCGUGUUUGUUUAUUAUGCUUUCUGCUUGGUGUUAAUGAUGCUUCUCCGACCUCUUCUGGUGAAGAAGAUUGCCUGCGGACUAGGGAAAUCUGACCGGUUCAAAAGCAUUUACGCUGCACUUUACUUCUUCCCCAUCUUAACCGUGCUGCAGGCGGUUGGUGGGGGCCUCCUGUUGUCUUUUCUAAGAAGUCUUCCGAGAAGCAGAGUUGAAGCCUUUUGGCCCAGGAGCAGGCAGGAGUGGGUAUCAUCCCGCUGGCAAUGCUGAUUCAAGGUGAGGGUGAAACGGAAAGAGGAAAUUGGAGGCUAGUUGGAAUCUGUUACUCCUCAUGCUCUAGCUCACAGAUCAUCUGUUUCAUUUAGUUGCCUAGUGUCUGAAAACACCCAGGCUCUGUCUACCCCCUAGUGUUUCCUGUUCGUUUCAGCCCACUUCAGUUCUUUGUCUUUGUGGCUGGACUGUGAGUCUAGGUAUUGGGACUUUCUUAGUUUUUAUUGCUGUGAUAUAACACCAUGACCAAGGCAGCUUAUAGAAGAGUUUCUUUAGGUUUAAGGUUUCUAAGGGUUAAGAGUCCAUUGAGGCUGGGAAUUAUGGCAGCACGUAGUAGAUAGGGUGGCCAAACCAACUGAGAGCUCACCUCUCAAACUACAUGCAGGAAGCAGAAGGUGAUGGAGAAAAAGCAUGAGUCUUUAAACUCCCAGUCAGGCCCCCCAGUGACACACUUCUGACAAGGCCACACUUCCUAAGCCUCCCAAAUAGCACCACCAACUGGGGGCCAAGUAUUCAAACAUGAGCCGAUGGGGAACAUUCUCAUUCAGACCACAACAGGGACCUUACCAGGAUUUAGGCAGAAGAGUGACAUGGUCAGAUUUCCAGUUUAGAAAGAUAACCCGACUGGAAUGAAUAACAGUGCCUUGUCAGAGGAGAAAAGCUGGGAAUCUACUUGGAGUGACAGCAGUAAACUGAGCCUUGGCUGACUUAAACAGGAAUGCUAGGAAUAUGCAGUCAUUUCAAAGGUAGGGAUUACUAAAACAAGGAACAAACAAGGCGAUUGGGAAUGAACUGAGAAUAUGAUAAAGCAACGUUCUCUUUAAGUAACUGAUAGAGGGGUAAAUAGUACUAGAGAAAAUAAGUCGAUUGAGAAAAGUUAAUUUGUUUUAAGCUCUCAGAAUAGUAGGUAGAGUCUGGAUGGAGGGACGUCUGGGCUGGAGUUAAGCUUCGUCACCCAAUCGCUUUGAGUCACUCCCUCACCGACUAGUGUGAGUCAGAGAUGAUCUAGGCCCACCCUGCUCUACAGUACUUCAGGCCUUUCCUUUCAGGAUACUCAAGGAAGUACACCAUGUUUUAGAGAUAUUGCAUUUCAGGUAAAUACUGCCCAACACAUUUCUUCCAUUAUCAAAACUUUCUAUCCCAACAGAGUUUCCUUCAGACUUUCAUGCUUCUGAUCCUUGAACAAGAUUCACUAGGAGAGCUUGGUGGGCCCUCAGGAACACCCUCUGACUCCUGGUGACUCAGGCAUUGGUGUGACCAACAUUGAGCUUAUCAGUAAUUUGGGAACUUAUGCUAAGUCUGACUAAAAUACUCGUGGAAGCCCUCAGGCUGUUGCAGUUAUCUCCAUGGUUGGGUAGUUUGGUGUUGGACUUUAUUCUGCCUACUUCACGGCAUAGAAGUGUUUGUGGUCACAAGGCAGCGAUGAUGGAGCGGUAUGCCCGGUGGAACCUUCACUGAAUGGUAGAUCAGAGUGAACCCGUUGGUUGGAGUGUGAAAGUGAUCCACCUCAAAGAAGACCAGAAAGAGUACUUAGAGGAGAGGUGGGUAGUGGAAGUAGUGAAAAAGCACUCACAGUUAUGCUGUCACACUCUACUUGGAGGAGGAGAGGGAUGAUGAUGAGGUAGAAGACAAGGAAGAGGAAGAUAAAGAUAGUGAAGAGAAGUCUAAGACUGAAGAUGUGAAUUCAGGUGAGGAUGAGGAUAUUGGUACAGUUAAAAAAACGAGGGAAAUUCAGGGUGAAUACACUAAUCAGGAAAAGCCAAGUAAGACUGAGCUCAUUUAGAACAGAGAUUCUGAUGCCAUCUCUCAGGAGGAAUAUGGCAGAUUCUGUGAACCUCUCCAGUGACUGGAAAGGCCACUUGGCCAUCAGGCACCUCUCUGGAGUGAGGAUGGCGUUCAGGGUGUUGCUCUUGAUCCGUUGGCAAGCUCCUUUUGACCUGUUUGAGAAUAAGUGCAGUAAAGCUGCACUGUGUGUUCAUCAUGGAGAACUGUGAUGAGCUGAUGCCCAGAAACCUCAUCUGUGGCAUUGUUGACUGGGGAUUGCCCCUGAAUAUCUCCCAAGAUGCUCCAACAGAACAAAGUCUUGAAAGUUUCCACAAAGGCAUUGUAUGCAAGGAAGUGCCUUGAACUCGUCUCUGAGCUGCAGCAAACAAAGAACCACAAGUGCUGCCGUGAGGCAUUCUCCUGAGUCUAAAGCUUGGAAUCCCUGAAGAUUCCACUAAGCAACAGUGCCUCUUUGAGCUGUCUGUCUGUCGUACCUCUCAGCCUGGAGAUGUCUUUUCUGUCAGCACGUGUCUCGCAUGAAGAAAACUGUAUGCUCUGGUGAGGGCAAAGAGGAGCUGGCCAACUCUGUUCUUGAGAAAUGGAUGUGUACAUGACAGCCUCAUUGGCGAGUCCUGGAUGCAGCAGCUCAAGGAGUUUGAAGAGCCUUGUCUCCAUACCAAAGAGCAUCCGGAGCUACUUAGAGGAGGAGGAGAACAAGGUGGUGUUUGAGAACAUCUGCAUGCUCCUGGAAGAUGCCUUGGAUGAGAAGGUUGAGGAGGUGAUAGUCUCUGAUAGGCUUGUGUCUUCAUCCUGUUGUAUUAACAGGCACCUUCAGGCCAGUGUGGAACAGAUCGUGAAGGCCCAGGCACUUUAAGACAGCUCUGUAGUGGGCUGUUUGAUGGUCAGAGGGUCCCUAGAGAUCACUCCCAACCACCCCAUGUACCCCAUGUGCAGAACCCAUGGUAGAAGGCUAAGGCUUAAACGGGUAUCAGGAGCACUGCUGUCAGGCAUCGCUCUACUCUCUGCUGGCUUCUGGCUUGAGGAUCCCCAGACCCUCUCCAGCCAAAUUCAUCCCAUGUUCAAGUUAGGCCUGGCCACUGAUGAAGAUGAGGUGACAGCGGAGGAGCCCAGUAUUGGUGCUGCUAAUGCUAUCUUCCAACUGUGUAUGAUGAGGCUCUAUCUCCCAUGGAAGCAGGUUGCCGUCCCCCUAGGAACCCUGGCCCUCUAUAGUUUCCUCAUGGCUCCUGCAGAAGCUGUGAGUGGCCCUGGCCCCUACAGCUCCCUCUCCUAUUGCCUCAAGUUCUUUUCUGCCUGUGUGUGUCUAAUGCAGGAAAAUUACCUCCUUUACCUGAGAGCCGGGUUGGGUGUUCUGUAUUGUUUUUGUUUUGUUUUGUCCUGAAAUUGAAAUACACAAAACAUAAAAUUAAAAGUAAUGGUCUACUUCCUCUGGCCUAAGUAUUGGUGCCACUGUUUUGAAGUUGUUUAUAGAUAGUAGAAAGGGAAAACUAUGGAAAUCAGGAAAAAGAUUGGAAUGUUAAUACAAGGAGAUAGCCAGAUAGCAUUGCUUCCUAAAUCAUAUUGCAAAGUGUUUUUUCAGGUGACAGAAAUGACUUCAUUAGAGGAACAUUAGACUGAAAACAGGCUUGUCCACACAAUUUACUAUCAAGCCUAACAUUCUUGCUUGCUUGCAUGCUGCUAACUUAGUCACAGAACGCUCAUACCAAAUUUACAUUCUAGAAAAAGAGAAGUGACUUUUUUUAUUUGUAGGAGAUAUGUAGCAAGCACGAGCAAAAUCUGUCGGACUAUUUCUGGUAGCUGGGGGUUGAUGGCCUGGGGAGAAAAGGUCUGGGCAUGGUUGGGAGGCAGCCAGCACAAAUGUCUGGCCUUGAUGUAUUCGUUAGCUAGCAUUUCAGUGCGAUGCCCAGCUGAGCCAACAGCGAGAGCAUGCUGAUCCCCAAGCCCCAGCCCAGACCCAGCUGCACAGAUCUCAGGUGCUCUCACGGCCUAGAAUUUAAGGACCACCCUUAAUCCCAGGUCUAGCCCAGUAGUACCUGUCUGCCCCGUGAAGUUUGGCCUUUUUAUCAGGUCACAACUUGAUACAACUAGCAAAGUUAUUCAGCUGUAAGUUAACUGACUUUUUUGUUGUUUUCUUUUUGGAAUGGCUGAUUGAGGACACAACACUAGCAUAACAUGUUGUGUCGUUAACUCAGUUCUAAGUUGAACAGGGCUGUUGAUAGUCGAGGCUUCGGCCUCCACAUCCUAAUGAAUGUUGCCACUUGUUCCAAAUGUGCUUUGUAGAAUAACUGGAAGUUUUAUAAACUGGUUAUUUUAAAAUAAUUGUGUAGAAGUAAUUCAGGGUAUUUUUUUUUCUCAAUUUGCCUGUUUUGUGUGCUAUAAAUUUAGACCUAGGAAAAGGAAAAUGGUAAUGUUUUAUAGGGAAGACUUUUGCUUCAGAUGUAAUUGCUAUACUGUGUUUGAAAUAGAAAUUUCCAGAAUUUUGAGAGGGAGCAUACCAAAAGAAUAUUAACUAAAAUGUUUGAUAAAUGAACUUUUCUAAAGAUAAUGAAAGCUGAGUUACUCUUAUAUCCAUCCCUAAGUCUUCUCAACCAAGGUUCUGUUCCUGGACCAUAAAGCACCAAAAGCUGAGUAUUCUCUCAAUUCUCUUGUUACAUAGUACAUAGUUACUGUUAGUACAUAGUUACUAUUAACAUUUUAGAUAAUGGGAGAGAAGUUAAGUCUUUGCAAGUAAUCCUUCAGCUGCCUCAAAUCCCUUAGCUUCUCACAGAUGAACAAAGAUAGAUUUAUAUUUUUAAUAGACUGAGAGAAAAAAAACAAACUUGCUAUGUGACAGUUAUAUGAAACUCAUAUUUUACUACUUAAAUUUUAUUGGAACAGAGGCACAGCUACUCAUGUACACCACAGCUGAGCUGGGGAGUGGAGGUGGAGACUGUGUGGCCUCUAAUCUAUAAAGAACUGUAAUCCAUAAAGAACUGGCUGUCAGUCUCCUCUCAGGGGCUAGGACUCAAGUUCCAGAACUGGCUGGGAGAGUAUCCAGAAGAGCUAGGUUCUACCUGAUGGUUUAAUUAGCUGAUUGGUUACCUGAUGGUUCGUUUCUAAUGCAGCAUCUUAU